AAAAAGACAAAAAAAAAAAAAAAAAAGGUGCCGUGUAAAAUAAUGGACAAACACUAAGACUAUUACUUGAAGGAAUAUAACAGUUUGUCUAACACAUGUGUUUGUGUACCAGAUAUUAUUCUAUGUGCUUUACAUAAAUUCUCCCACUAAAGCCCCAGAACAGCCCAAUGAGGUGUAGGUAUUGUUAAUGCCAUUUUACAGAUGAAAAAACUAAGGCACAGAAAGAUGAAAUAACUUGCCCAAUAAUAUAGCUGGUAAGUAGAGCUAUGACUGGAACCUAGGCACUUGGCUUGAUUCAAAGUAUAUACUCUUAACUACUGUGCUAAACUGCCACAAAGACUAUAUGCAGUAUAUUCUACUACCCUCUAAAGUACACUUUAGCCUUUCUCCCCUGAAAUUAUACUUAUUUUCUCCAGGACUUGGAUUUCAAAUUCUGAUCUUCACUGUCUCUCUGCAGCAAGAGAAAUUAACUUUCUUAAUUUUUUGCCUUAUCACAAAGGAUUUUCCUUUUUCAAAGUAUUUUGUAUAAUAAAAGGAUUUGCACAGAAUUAAUUCUACAGUUAAAGCUUAUGAAAUAAGCUAAUCAAAAGUCUUUUUUACUCUUGCGAGAUAAUUCUUUAACCAACAUACAUUGAUCAUUUACAGUGGAUCCAGGCACUUCACUGGCACUGGGGAAAAGAUGGAAAAGGCAUCAUUCCCAAUAUUCCAGGAGCACACUGCAUGAAUAAAGAUAUUUAAAGAACAAUGCAAAAGGCUGUACCUUAAUUCUGCUUUGAGAAAAGGAAGGCCUUGGUGUAAAACAUUAAUUACAUUUAAGCUGAGUUGUUCAUAGAUGAAGAGUUUAGCAAGUGCAGAAAAAAAUCAGGGUAGAGAGCUAUAGGCUAGACUAAGGCAUGUGCAAAAAUGCUGUCUGUUCAAGGAAUAGUGAUGUUAAAUACAGCUGAGCUCAGGGUGUGAGGAGCAGAGUAAGGAGAAAACAAGGAUGGGCCUGAUUGUGAAGAGCUUCCUAAUGAGGAAAGUAGCUCUAGUCAACUGUUACCAAAACUGCAGAGAUCAAAUACCAUGAAGAUGAAAAGAGCUGUUAGGUUUGUACCUACAGUGAUCUCUUGUAUCUUUACUGAGAAAAUCACCUAUAUAGCAUGAUGGGGGCAAAAAUAAUGCAGAAAUAAGUUGAUGUGAGUUUAUGUAGAUUUUAGUUGGAGCAUGUUUGGACUUAAGGAGAUAGUUUUCUUGGUUUGUUUCGUUUCAAAUAAAGAUGGGAGAUUAGAGCAUAAUUUCUAAGCAAAUGAAGGAAGUGGAAAACUGAAGAUAGAUGAGGAAAAGGGAGAAAAGUUAAACCUCUGAGGGAAGAAGGGAAGUACGGACAUCCUAAAUCUAGGCAUGAUGGGGAGCAUUUUACUGAUGCCAAACAAAGUGUGUAUGUGCUCAUCGGCAAAACAGUAUUUCUGAGUUCAUUUUAGGAACAGAAAGGGUAAGCUUUGGCAAAAAUUCUUUUCCAGUGUUAAUACCUGUACCUUCAAAUAGCAUUCAUCACAUUGUUUGCUGGCCUUGCUUCCACUGCAUGGCAAACAUGUCUUGCUCUGAAUCAGCCCCACACACUAGUACAAUGCUUGCUGAAUUAUGAGAAUGCAGCAAUGAACCACAGCAAAUAGAUAAAGCUGCUUGUUGCGGAAAAGCCUACGGAAGGCUGCUGAAAAGCUAUUGGACAGGAAGGAGGAACGGAAGAAUAAUAAGACCAAUAAUAGAGGUUCUGCCCACCAGAAGGUCUCUGCUCAGGCAGGAAAACAGACUAACCUCGACACUUACUCGUGCUUAAUUUUAGUGCUCCUGAGGCCUUGGAAAAUAAAGGGACUUAGCAUAAUCACAGUGUUAUGGAAAAGCAGUCAAAACGUUUCCUGAGUGCCCUCCUCGGGGCAGCUUAAAAGGGUUCUUAGAGGCGAUACUGCCCCUGCGUCCACACACUGAGGAUUAAGGCUGGCCUCAAGGCGACCCUUGGACCUGUCGAACCGGGGCCUCGGGCUUCCCCUGCGGCGGGUGCCAGGAGGCUGGGGACCCGGAAGCCGCCCGCCCCGCGCGGCCCGAGCGUCCGGUUGCCCGGGUGACGCCGCAGCUGUGGUUGCCUGCGCAGAACCGCCAGCGCUGGGAGUCGGGGCUGCAGGGCUGCCUGAGGCUGCGUUGCGGUGGCCCUGUCCGCGCCGUGCAACACUGUACUGCAAGUCAGUCAAUACGAUAAUUUGUCACUUCAACUCAAAUGGAAAAGUAUGAAAAACUGGCUAAGAUUGGAGAAGGGUCUUAUGGGGUUGUAUUCAAAUGCAGAAACAAAACCUCCGGACAAGUGGUAGCUAUUAAAAAAUUUGUGGAAUCCGAAGAUGACCCUGUAGUUAGGAAAAUAGCUCUCAGAGAAAUACGCAUGUUGAAGCAAUUAAAACACCCAAAUCUUGUGAACCUCAUUGAGGUGUUCAGAAGAAAAAGGAAAAUGCAUUUAGUUUUCGAAUAUUGUGAUCAUACACUUUUAAAUGAGCUGGAAAGAAACCCAAAUGGAGUUGCUGAUGGAGUGAUUAAAAGUGUGUUAUGGCAAACACUUCAAGCUCUUAAUUUCUGUCAUAAGCAUAAUUGUAUUCACAGAGAUGUAAAACCAGAAAAUAUUCUAAUAACCAGGCAAGGAAUAAUCAAGAUCUGUGACUUUGGGUUUGCACGAAUUCUGAUUCCAGGAGAUGCCUACACUGACUAUGUCGCUACAAGAUGGUACCGAGCUCCUGAACUUCUUGUGGGAGAUACUCAGUAUGGUUCUUCAGUCGACAUAUGGGCUACCGGUUGCGUUUUUGCAGAGCUCCUGACAGGCCAGCCACUCUGGCCUGGAAAAUCAGAUGUGGACCAGCUUUAUCUGAUAAUCAGAACACUGGGAAAACUAAUCCCAAGACAUCAGUCCAUCUUUAAAAGUAAUCAGUUUUUCCAUGGAAUCAGUAUUCCUGAACCCGAAGACAUGGAAACUCUUGAAGAAAAGUUCUCAGAUGCUCAUCCAGUGGCUUUGAAUUUCAUGAAGGAGUGUCUGAAGAUGAAUCCAGAUGACAGGUUAACCUGUGCCCAGCUCCUGGAAAGUCCCUACUUUGAUUCUUUUCGAGAGGACCAAAUUAAAAGAAAGGCACGUAAUGAAGGAAGAAGCAGAAGACGUCAGCAGAAUCAGCUGUUGCCUCUCAUACCAGGAAGCCACAUCUCCCCCACACCUGAUGGAAGAAAACAAGUCCUCCAGUUAAAAUUUGAUCAUCUUCCAAACAUUUAGGAAAAUGUUCUUUCAAGUGUAAAGUAAUUUAAUACGUACACAUUUUUGUACAAGAGAGAUAGGGAUUCUUAGUGUUUCAAAUGCAAAUGAGCCAUAUGAAAAUUAAGAUGCUUUCUAGAAUUGUUUUGCUCUGAUCAUUACUGAUUUCUCUGCCUGUGCUUUUUACAUGCCAACUUUAUAUUUUAGAACGUUUUCUUUAAAUGUUAUAAAGUCUGAAACUGCACAUAUGGAGGAGACAUUUUCCAUUUCAUCAGAGCAGCCCCUCCUGAGGCGAUUUGUAUUGAGAAUUUGUGAGCUUAUCCUUUGAUUUAUGAAAAAGACUUGCAUAUAUCAUCUUGCUUCAGCUGACCACCUAAUGUCUUAGAGCAAUAUCAGAUAGCUAUUGUUUGUGCAAGGAAUAGCAUUACGUUUCCGCAUUUUAAUUCACUCUUAUUGUAACCAAGUCUGUGAAAUAAUGCUAGUGUUUUAUUCUGUGUUUUUAUCUUGGUUUAAGAAAGGAACCUUGAAAUGUCGUCUAGGUUUAUUCCUUAAUUCCAGGGCAGACUCUACUUUCUCUGUUUCCUGAGACAUGGAUGAUUCUAUUUUUAAAGCUAGGUAGAGAAAAGUCCAUACAUUUACAUAGAAAACAAUGGAUGAACUACAAGGAAUUACCAUUCUUGUGACGUAACACCUAGGAUAAUUGACUGCUGGCUCUGCUGCUGUCCUUUAGUGCAUCACAGUUCCUUAGCCUUUUCUCCUCCUGACUAAAUCAUCUCAGUACCUAAGCAUAGCCUCCUGGGGUAUUUUCUCAAUCUCUCACUGUCAAGACCCUCUUCCAAAUGCUUGCAUCUAUAGCCUGUGUAAACUUGUGUAGCCCUAGCCUUGUGCAUCUUGGUCAGGUCGGGUUUAUAAACACUUCCAAGAGCAGGGAGAUUCUCUCUCAGUUACCUUCACUUUGUCUCUCAUCAAACAAAACACCUCCGUAAGUGAGCCACUCUUUUCCCAAGUAAACUUGACAGACAUACCCAUAAUGCAUAUAUGCAUGCAUAUAUAUAAAUACGUACUUAAAAAUUUUUAAAGAAUCAUAGUAAAUGCCUUUUAUCUUGAACAUCUAAAAAUGAUGCAGAAUAUUUGAAAGUACUUUUAGUUCAGUAAAAAGGAGCUCUUGUAAAAUAAUAGCGUGGGGCUGUCUAUCACCAUCUGUCGUAAAGGCACAAAACAGUGCUGUCUCUAUCAAUAAAUUUUAAGAGUAUUUCAUGAACUCUGUUCUGCUCCUGGGUCUAGCAUGCUCACCUGAACAUUGUCAAAUUUCGCAAAUAUGCAUAAUUCCAGAAAUUCCUUGUAUUUGGCACCAAGACACCAAGCAUAAAUUGUUAUGAAGAAGAUAUAGUAAUACCUUAUGUUCAUCUCUAAAAGUCUAUUACACAUAUAAACAUGUCUCUGGAAACUUCCAGAGAAUCUCAUUCCGUUACUUGGGUGCAUCUCUUUAUUAAGGAAUCAUGACAUCUAAACAAGACUUCCUUGCUCACUGGAAGGACAUUUCAAGUGGGCUUAUUUGGAUAUUUAACAUUCUUAGUUAUUCGUGUGACUAUAAGCUGCUAGGAUCUUUUUGUUUUCACCUUAUUAUCCAGAAUGUGCCUCUUCAUAUUUGACUGUUUCUUGAGUUUUUAGUGAGAUGACACUACAAGUAUAAGGAAAAUGAGAAAUAAAAGAUAAAAGGCACCUCUGCUUAAAGA